AGUAUAGUACGAACUGUUUCCGAAUUAAACACGCGAACAAAGCUAAAUAAAUUCUUCUUUUCUAGUAAUCAAAUAUUGAACAUAAACUAAAUAAAGUACCUUAAUAGAACAAACAAAAUUGCGAUUUAUUGAUUAAUUUUACAGCUUUAUAAGUAUAAUUACUAUGAAUGAAAACAAGUUUAAAUGAAAAUAAUGUGUAUUACGUAUUUUUAUGACUAGUAACCUUGAAUUUAUUUCAUGUUUUGGUAGUUUGUUUUUAUUACGUAAAAGACAUCUAUUAGAAUGGCAAAAAAAAUUUUACAUAAAGUUUUAAGAUCAGAGUAUCGUAACCUAUUAAAGAGGUACAGUAAUUUUGUGCAAACAAGAAUGGUUUCAUCGGAAAAAGAAUUGUUUAAAAAUGAACAAUUCGCCACUUUAGCACAACUAAAGUCGCAUUUAUCGAAAGAUAUGGGAGUAGAUGUUUAUCAACCCAUUCCGAAGGAUCGUUCUCAUUUACUCAAAUACCUUCCAAAACAUCAAGAUGAAUUACCAAAACGUGCGAUGAAAGAUAGUUUUUUGGUUGGAAAUAUACCACUUUCUAGUGAUAAAUCUUUGCAAGAUAAAUAUACAACUUUUUUAGGGCAAUUGAGAAUAGGGAGGUUGUUAGAGGACAUGGAUAUUUUUGCAGUAAUGGUCGGGCAUAAACAUAUAGUAAAUCCAAAACAAACCGGAAGUGAACAUUUUCCAUACACUUUGGUUACUGCUCUUGUAGACAAAAUAGAUUUUACAGAGUUUCAACCUAGGUCAGAUCAAGAUAUAAAAAUUUCCGGUCACGUUAGUUGGGUAGGAAAAUCAUCGAUGGAAGUUGUUGUUUGGUUAGAUCAACUUAUGCACGGUACUUGGCACCGUAUCACUAGAGCCUUAUUUCUAUUGGCCGCCAGAGAUUCUAAUAACCUGAAACCGGCUCCCGUUAAUGCUAUAGAACCUGCAGAUGAAAGGGAACGACAAAUUUUAUCCGGAGGUGAAGAUAGAAAGAAACAGAGGAUUAUAAUGCAACAAAAACACGUUUCUAAGUUGAUACCUGACAGCGAAGAACAACAAAUAAUCCACAAUCUGUACAUCCGUACGACGGAUAAAGAUAGCAGCCUUCGAAACAGAGUGUUACCGGCGGGUUGCGUUUGGAUGAGUAACGCGACUAUUUCGAACACAAUUUUUUCUCAUCCGGACGAACGUAAUAUGCACAACACCGUUUUCGGUGGUUUCAUAAUGCGCAUGGCCACCGAACUAGCUUGGGUCCUCGGCUUCACGUUCAGUAAAUACAGACCAGCAAUUAAAAGUAUUAGCGAUAUCAGUUUUCAAAAACCGAUAGCCGUUAGUUCUUUGAUAAGAAUGCACGCGCAGCUUGUUUAUACCCAGUUGAAUUAUAUGCAGAUUUUGGUUUAUGUCGAGGUUUAUAAUUCGGUAACCGGAGAAAAUGAUACGACGAAUACUUUACAUUUUACGUUUCAAGUACCUGAAUUAGUGAACGAAUGUAUUCCUCAAACUUAUCACGAGGCUAUGAUGUAUAUCGAUGGCAGGCGACACUUUUUGGAAGUUAUUGAUAAAUCGACUUCUUUUCCCAGCAAAUUAUAAUACUUGGAAUAAAAUGUUGUUGCCGCUUUUAAAAACUUUAUUUAAGUUUAUUCAAUUCAAUAUUUGUCCAGUUUAAUAUUUUUAUAAUAUAAAUUUUAGUAAUGCUUGGCAACGCUGUAACUAUCCAGACGUUCUAGGUUAGAAAAAAGAAGAAGAAAUGGACGACCAAGUGGCCCGAAGAAUAUGGAAAGAAAGAUCCAGCUUAAGUUGAAACGGUUCCCUUCAGUUUACAGAUGUAUUUUGUAUAUUUUUUUAAUUUGUUGUCUUUUUCUUUUUUUUUUUCUAUUUUUUCUGUUUAUUUUUAAUUGGAAAGUGCGUAAUUGGGGGGAGGCGAUCAGGUACAGCUGCGACAGCAUUAUCCCAGCUGAAACAUUGUUGCCACGAUUUAUUUUUUUUUUGUUUCAUAAAUGAGUGUGAAACUGAUUUUUUUUAAGUUUAUUUUAUAAUUUUGUGUGUAUUUUUGAUAAGUUUUUACAAAAAGUUGACCAAUCCUUAAUUAAUGAAGUCUGUUUGCAUUUUAAAUAAACUGGAAUUGACGUCUUAAUAGUUUUAUCGCCUUUAUAGGAAUAAAAAUAAAAAAUCAACAAAUUAGUUACUGAAUAGUUUAAUAAUUGUGAUUCGCAUUAAAUAACUACCAAGUUUACCCACUAUAACUCGUUGAUAAUAUUAUAAAUUGUUUUAAUAAAACUUUAAUAACUAA